AUGGUACUAGACGAAAACGCACAAAAACUGUUGACAGAAUUAAAACGAAAACGAGGCGUUGUUAAAGCUUCACUUACGCGCGUUCGAACAUUUAUUUCAAAAUUCGAUCCAUCCGAACAAGCUUUAUCACUACUGGAGUUCAGACAGGAAGAGCUUCCUCAAAUAAAUCGUAAGUUUGAUGGUAUUCAAUGCGAAAUUGAACUUAUUGAUUCUGAUGACACUGAAGAAGCUGAGUUGGAAAGGGAUAGAUUUGAAAGUGAAUAUUUUGCAAUACGAUCACAAAUCCAAGAAAUUAUCAAUCAAGAAAAGGGAUUAAAUACAACGGGCCACAAUCAAUCGUACGGUGGCACAUACGUUCCGGCUCGAGUUCAAUUAGCGCCAAUUCCUUUACCCAAGUUUGAUGGCGAUAUUCAAAAGUGGUCGUCCUUUUAUGACGUCUUUAAAGCUAUGGUGCACAAUGAUGACGCAUACUCAGUUGCUCAAAAGUUCUUCUAUCUGCGUUCGUGUUUAGAAGGAUCAGCAUUGGAUUUAGUGCGCUCAAUUCCUGUUAGUGACGCCAAUUACGAAACUGUUGUCAGGCGGUUAAUACAAAGAUUUGACAAUCAAAGCCUGGUGAUACAGUCACAUAUUCAGUCCAUACUCGACUGUCCUCAAGUCGAAGAAGCAUCCUCUGAGACAAUAAACGAAUUAUUACUCUGA